UUUUUGCAUAAUCUGCGGCCCACUACGGCACAUCGACGUCCGUACGUCGGGCGAUAUUCGAUCCUUCCGUCUUUCUCUUUCCUUUUCCCCACAGGUACUCACGUUCUAGAGUACAGGGAGAUUACCUGCGACGUACGACUUGUGCGUCGAAAAAAAAUUACUUUGGUCUUCGUCUUCGACGGUGCGCGUCCGUCCGGAUUUUGGGUGUCUGUGGUCUGUCUUAUAGACCUUAGUGCCGUAUAGUUCGUUGUGUCGCCCUUGCUGAGUGCUGACCGGUUGUCGAACAAGCUCGACUAUGAAAUAUUACUAAAAUACGUAUCGUAUUGCUGUCCAGAAGCAAACUCACACCUCCGUUGCGACAUACCCACAUCACUAUACGCAAUUAACGCUCAAGGAUCCUUUGCUCGACCAUAAAAUAAAGUUUAAACACGCAUCAGUCGUGUAAAAUACAUACACUAUGGACAACGAAAAGGACAUUGCUGCGAGCAGCCAAUCAAUAAAUGACAAUAAUAUGGAGGAUAUUUCUCAACCAGAUUUGCUGUGCCAUACCUAUGCAGUUGAUUCUCAAGUGGCAAGUAAAACACAUUUAGACAUAAACCAUUCAUUGUCAUUUAGUAAUGCUUCUUGUGAACAUUCUAAAAUUCAAGAAGAAGAAUGCGCUUUUUUAACAAAUAAUCUACAAAGUGUUCAUCUGACACGUGACAAUCCAUUAUCCAUUAAUCUUCCAUCACGCAGACGUCGAUUGAUACCUAUCAACAACAAAGCUAAUGAUUAUGACUAUGAAUCAAGUUCCGGUAGUGAAUUCAGUGACAAUACUGAUAGAUUCUUAAAUGUGGACCUCGGAAACAAAUCAAUACCCGAGUUAACAGCUGAAGAAGAACUCAAAGAUGAACGUAACUGGAGGUCUUGUACGGUAACUGGUGUUGUUAGUAAAAUUGAUAUGAAAGUAAUAGAGCCAUAUAAGUGUGUGCUAUCACAUGGUGGUUACAUGACAACUGGUUCACACAAUGCUAUUAUUAUAUUUAGUGCAUGCUAUUUACCGCAUCGUGAUCGUGUAGACUACAAUUAUGUUAUGAAUAAUUUAUUUGCAUAUGUAGUUUCAACUUUGGACCAACUAGUUACAGAAGACUAUGUUCUAGUCUAUCUGCAAGGGGGUACUUCUAAGGAUUGUGUUCCUGGUUUCUCUUGGCUGAAACGUUGUUAUAAGAUGAUUGAUAGAAAACUAAGGAAAAAUUUGAAGUUUUUGUACUUGGUUCAUCCGACGUUUUGGUUGAAAACGCUUGUAUUAAUGAUCAAACCAUUUGUAAGCUCAAAAUUUGGCAACAAGAUACAUUUCAUCAACAGUUUAGAUGAACUCUAUGACUGUGUGCCUGUUGAAAGAGCUAGUAUACCAGAUAGGGUAAAACAAUUUGAUUGUACAAAAUCAAAUUCUAGCAAGUAGUAUUAAUUUCACCAUAUAACUAUUUAUUAAUAUUAUAAUUAUUGUUUAAAAUUCUUCCUUACACCUAUAUACUCUACUUUUAUGAGUUUGCAUUAGUUAAAGAGCCCAGGAAAAUAACUACUCAUUUUAUAAUAAAUUAUAAUAUUUAUCAUUUUUAUUUUUUAUACUCUAUAGUCAUGGUUUUUAUUUUUUUAA